UUGCUUGAGUAAGAACCAGGCGCUUCCCGUUUUUACUUCGGUUCCAAUCAACUCCCUCUUUAAUUCGUCUUCUCUCUGCACAUCCUCUAGGUCAGACCUCUAAGACGAGCAGGCUUCCAUCUUCAGUCGUAACCUUGCCUUCUCCCACUGUCAGCCAGUCUACCCAGGUCGGCACCUCAACGCUCGCUCAGUCUUUCUCCAAGAAAACUGUCUCAGUUAUGACAUAUCUUGUAGGGUCCCUGACAGUAUCCACAAGUAAUUCCAGCUCGACGUCGUCUCCUCCAGUAAACACUACAUCUGCCGUUUCACCUGCCACGCCCACGACUGCUCAGCCUACUGCUCCAACUUUGCCACCAGGAGGAACCAAAGUUGUCAACAUGGAGGUCUCCUUCGACAUUGUAUUUAAAGAGGAAUACAGAGAUACAGGCAGUCCAGAGUACGAGGAACUGAAAAAUAAUCUGACAACGAGCUUGGUAAAAGUUUACAAAAACGUCGACGGUUUUGUUGGCGUGCGCAUCCUGUUUAUAACAGAAGGAAGUGUAGUAUGCAAUUACAUCGUCAUCUUGGCAAAGGACUCAAAAGUAAAGGAGAGCGAGUUGAAGGAAAAGCUACAGCAGGCAAGCAACGCAGGAGAAGUAGUCAAGGUGAAGAGUAUAAAGGUUAAAGAGGAUGACUCGGAGGAAACUGAAGAGAAGCUGCCAAAAUGGGCAUUGGUGGUCAUGAUUGUCCUGGGAUGUCUGUCAGCAGUUUUCCUUGUCACUGUGAUAUACGUCUGUGUUAAAUACAGGAGGUCUAUCUAUGGAAACAGUGAGGCGUACCUGGUGUCAACCGGAGAAAUUGGAUUGGUACACACGUACGAUACAGUGUCGAUAGGUGACAAUAAAACAGGAGCCAAUCAGAGAACUGCUCAGAAACCAGCUGCUGAGAGACGAGUUAUUGGAUCACACACCAAUCCUGCCUAUGGCUCGAACGUUGCUCUUGCUGACUAAGAAAACCCGUCAAGUCCGCGUCAGGCACAGGAAGUCUGCAUGGAAUACAGUUUGCUUCAACGUGGUUCAUGCAGUAGAUAAUAGACUGAUAGAUUUCAUAUCUAGUAUAUGCCCUAUAUCUAUUGCCUGACAGUUAUAUAUAGCAAUAAUUUGGUCGCCUAUACUAAACUGAAUUUGUAUGGUAGGGAUAUAUUACUAAACGGCAUCAACCUGACGGCGGAUAGAAAUUACACUUAUGUAGGAGAAUUCAGUGUAUAGAUGUCACACAUUGAACAUUAUCAGAGUAUUGGAAUAAAUUACCAUCCUAUCUCAAGAGUCAGGAAGGGGAGUAAAGGGACUCUAGAAUUUACACCAACGGGGAAGCUCGUCAUACAUUGUCGUGUCUGUUACAGCUCCGUUCAUCGCUACUCGACCCUGUUCGAUUCAAAGUUUUCCACAGCAGAUACCCAUUAUGAUAUGUAUGUAUACUAAGCCCAGCAGGGAAACAAAGCUGACUAGGUAUCCACAAAUGAUCUUUAAAAAUCUUAAACGCCCUAAUGUCGCUGCUGUACGAUUACUACCUCUUGUGCAGUUGGUAGUUGAGCUUCAGUGUACAUCCAUAGGUGGUUUUAAGUGCCCGCCCUUUUCAAAACUUCUGAUGAGCAUCUGAGCCGCCAUUUAUCUAUGGAUUCCCCGCCGGACUCUCCGCGCUCUCUCUCUGUAUAAUGUGUUGUUCGGUAUUCUCCUUGGUCAACCAUUAGAAUAUCAUAUAUAUAUGAUUUAUAAAUUAAGUCUAAAAAUUAGAAUUGACUUAUUUGAAAAAAUAGGACCCUUUAACAAGUGUUGUUAUGCCUGUAAUAUGUAUAUUAAUAUAUCGAUGUACAAUCAAUUACCUAUAUUUCUAGAACUAUUUGUUAAUUACAUAUUUCUUUAAGGCACAGAAACUGGCAGAGCCGAGUUCCUUGACAUGUGCAUUUAGUUAAAAAAAAAAA